AUGUCUUCAAGAGCCACUACUCCGUCAUCCAGUCCCUCCGUCAACACUAUGCAGGACCUGGUCAAGCAGCUCAACAUCACGAUGGGACCACAUGGCCUGGGCGACGACCUCAUCCGGGUGCGUCAAGUCAAGAAGCUCAUGCAGUCCUACGUCUCCCAGGCCACAGACUGGUCGCAGUAUGCUGUGUACCACGAAGGCACGCGCUACACGCGCAACCUGGUUGACGACGGCAACGGCAAGUACAACCUCCUGGUGCUUGUGUGGGGCGAGGGCCAGGCGAGCCCAAUCCAUGACCAUGCAGGCAGCCACUGUAUGAUGAAGCUGCUGGAUGGCGAGCUGCAAGAGGACCUGUUUGCCUGGCCGCGCGAGUCGACCGACGAGAUGCGGCUCAAGCGGACGGCGGCGCUCAAGACGAACAGCAUUGGCCUGCACCGGAUUGCAAACCCGUCGCUGCAAGGGAAGGCAGUCUCCCUGCACCUCUAUUCGCCGCCGUAUAACGUCUGCAAGACGUUUGAUGAGAAGACAGGUGCGACAGCGAUAUCCAGCUGUGCUGCCUCAAAGCUGACGCCUGGCACCAGCUCUCCUCAGUCGUCCAUGGACAUUACCGCCAACUGA